CUAACUCAAAAAACUCUCUCUCUGUCUCUCUCACUCUCUAACCCUACUCUCUCCUAUAAUAUACAUACACCAUCCCAUCAACCAUAAUUUUCACCAUGCAAGCUCACACAUUCUCCUACAUAUCCUCAAUUCAAACUAAUAAUGACACUGUUGAUGAGUCUUCCAUUUCACUCUCACUUGGCCCUCCUGGUACACACCACAAACCUAAACUUCAUCAUCAACAUCAUCAUCAUCAUAAUCACCUCCAAAACCAAAACUUUACCAUUGAUGAUGAGCAAAGUGGUGUAACAGUUGCACUUCACAUUGGUCUUCCAUCAAACAUUUCACAAAACAUAACACCUAUUAGUAAACCUGAUCAUCAUUUGGCUUCAGCUCCAAUUCAAGGUCAAUAUUGGAUUCCUUCACCUGCUCAAAUCCUCAUUGGACCAACACAGUUCUCUUGCACAGUGUGCAAUAAAAUGUUCAACCGUUUCAAUAAUAUGCAGAUGCAUAUGUGGGGACAUGGAUCACAAUACAGAAAAGGACCAGAAUCUCUAAGAGGAGUAAAACCAGCUUCAUCAAUGUUAAGACUUCCUUGCUAUUGCUGUGCAGAGGGAUGCAAGAACAACAUAGAGCAUCCAAGGUCAAGGCCACUCAAGGAUUUCAGAACACUUCAAACACACUACAAGAGGAAGCAUGGAGCAAAGCCAUUUGGGUGUAGAAAGUGUGGGAAACCAUUUGCAGUUAGAGGUGACUGGAGAACACAUGAGAAAAACUGUGGAAAGCUUUGGUUUUGUAUCUGUGGAUCUGAUUUCAAACACAAGAGAUCUCUUAAAGAUCAUGUUCGUGCUUUCGGUGAUGGUCAUGCUCCACACACCGUCGAGAGUUGUGAAGAUCAAGAAGUGUUGUUAGGUGAUGAAUAUGAUGAGGAAUUUGAAGGAGAUGAAAAUUAUGAAGAUGAUGAUGAUAAUGAUAACAUUGAUCGAAUGGUUUUUGGUUUUUAAUCUAUAAUAACUAAUACCAUGGUUUUAAUUCCGAAAAACACGUUAUAUCAUGCUAUCAGGCAUCAGCUAUGACUCUUAUGUAAGAUUAUAACGGAUUUGAAAUCUUGACUAAUACGAUUUCUAAUUCUCUA